AUGCGGGGCGUCGGCUUCGGGCCGUUGUCGCGACUCGGCCCCCUUUUCUUUCUAUAUUUUUUCGUUUCAACUCCGGUUUUCGCAUUAACGAAAAUCGAAGAAUAUCAACGAUACGAUGGAUGGUUUAACAAUCUCGCUAACCCGGAUUGGGGGACCGUUGGAAGUCGCUUGCAUCGAGAUGCUCCAUCGAAUUACGAAGAUGGCGUUUACAUGAUCGAUUCUUCACUACCAUCAGCUAGAGUAAUCUCAGAACUUCUUUUCAAAGGUGAAGCUGGACGAGCAAGCAAACGAGGCCUCACCACAAUGCUUACCUUUUUCAGUCAAGUUGUCGCCUAUGAAAUCAUGCAUUCAACUCAAACAAGUUGCCCACUCGAGAUCAUGAAAGUUAAAGUACCUCUUUGUGAUCGAGUUUUUGAUAAGAAUUGUGAAGGAAAAACAGAGAUUCCUUUCACGAGAGCAAAAUACGAUAAACAGACUGGGAAAGGCUUCAAUUCGCCGAGGGAGCAAACAAAUGAAAGAACAUCGUGGAUUGACGCCUCACUGCUUUAUUCAACUCAAGAACCUUGGGUGGCUGCUCUUCGUUCCUGGAAGAAUGGCCGACUUUCGGAAGGAGACAUGAAAGGCUAUCCACCAUUAAACAAUCCGCAUAUUCCGAUCAAUAACCCACCUCCACCACAAAUUCAUCGACUGAUGAACCCAGAGCGAUUAUUUAUCCUUGGUGACUCUCGAAUCAAUGAAAAUCCAGGCCUUCUUUCGUUUGGUCUAAUCCUUUUUCGAUGGCACAAUCACUGGGCUGACAAAAUUAAAAGCAAAAAUGAACAAUGGAAAGACGAGGACGUAUUUCAAGCGGCAAGAAGAUGGGUCGUCGCUACUUUACAGAAAAUUGUGCUUUAUGAUUUUGUGCCAGCUCUUCUAGCAACAAAUGACUCAACCCCACCAUACAGGGGUUACCAACCGCACAUUCCACCCGGAAUUUCUCAUGCUUUCGCGACAGCCGCUUUUCGAUUCCCACAUAGCAUUGUCCCUCCUGGGAUGCUCCUUCGCAAACGAGACUCCAAUUGUUCAUUCCGAUCCGAAGUUGGCGGAUAUCCAGCGCUUCGUCUUUGCCAAAAUUGGUGGAAUGCUCAAGACAUUGUCAAAGAAUAUUCAGUUGAUGAGAUCAUUUUGGGAAUGGCCAGUCAAAUUACUGAAGAGGAAGACAAUAUUGUGGUGGAGGAUUUAAGGGAUUACAUUUUUGGACCAAUGCAUUUCACUCGUUUGGACGUUGUUUCCACGUCGAUUAUGAGAGGAAGAGAUAACGGCGUUCCACCAUAUAAUGUGAUGCGUCGACAAUUUGGGCUACCGGCAAAGGAUUGGGACACUCUUGCUCCAGCGUUCUUCGACAAAAACGAUCCUAAAAAACAAGAGCUCUUGAACAAUUUGAGUGCUUUAUAUGGAGGCGAUAUCGACAAGUUGGAAACGUAUGUGGGCGGAAUGUUGGAGACAAAUGGAUCAGGUCCGGGAGAGCUUUUCUCUCGAAUCAUUAUGGAUCAAUUCUUGAGACUUCGAGAUGGAGACAGAUUCUGGUUUGAAAAUGAAUUGAAUCAGAUCUUCACUGCUGACGAAAUUCGAGAAAUUCACAGCAUCACCCUUAGAGAUAUCAUUGGGAACACGACAAAUAUCGAUUCGAGCAUGUUGCAGCCAAAUGUUUUCUUUUGGAAAGAAGGUGAUCCAUGCAAACAACCGUUUCAAGUUGAUACGAAAAACUUGGAGAAAUGUGUUCCAUUUAUGAAAUUCGAUCAUUUCACCGGGAAUGAAGUCACGUAUAUCUUCACGCUGAUUGGACUUGCCUGUGUUCCAAUUGUUUGCUUUGGUAUUGGUCAAUUGUUGGUGUCAAGACGAAAAAAGAUGGGCUGGGAUUCGGCGUAUGAUGGGAUGAGCGCGAACACAAUCGAUCACAAACCCGAUGGAGACGUGCACAGUUGUGCAGCAAUUGAAUGGCUUCACGAAACAUAUUGUCGAAGUGUGGUGGUGGUUGUGGAAAAAUCGGCAUCGCUUGUGGUGAGAAAGCCGCGUGGAGGCGAGAGGAAUCGUGAUCGAGUUCUCAGAAGGAUUAAGUUCCCGCCAAAUGCCACUAUCAAGGUGAUGCUUUCACAUCCGAAAGCCAGCUCUGUGCAUGGUCCGUUUUGCUUGAUCCGAGUGCCGAAAUUGCACGAUUUGGUAGUUCGUCUUCCCUCCGAUGCUCAUAGUACCGAGUUUCUUCGGCACUUGAGCGCUUCCGUUGAUGUGAUUGGAGCAAAAAUCGAUAAAGAACACAUCGAUAAUGAGGAACUUUUGGCUCAAGCCGAAACAAAAGAUAAACGAAAGAUGAAAUUGGAUCAUUUCUUCAGAGAAGCCUAUGCUCGUGCUUUCGAUCAACCCGAGCUUUCCGACACAACUUUAGAGUACGAUGCACAAGAUGAAGAUGUUCUUGCAACAAAGCUAACCAGAAGUGAAUUUGCGGAUGCGAUUGGAAUGAGAGAAAACGAUCUUUUCGUUCAGCGAAUGUUUGCAGUAACGGCGAAGAAGAACUCGGAUACAAUCACUUUCCGAGAAUUCCUUGAUGUUAUUCGAAAAUUUCAAACUGGUGGAACAAAGCAAAAGUUGACACUUUUAUUCACGAUGUGUGACCGAAAUGGAGACGGUUCGGUGGAAAGAGAGGAAUUCGUUGAGUUCAUCAAAUCGCUCAAUGGGGUGGCUGGGGUGAAAAUCGAUAACUCUCAACAAAAUGAUAUCAUUGAUGCGAUUUUCUUCAAGAGUGGCAUUUCUCCACGCCAAGAAAAGCUGACAUUCGAUGAUUUUGAGAAUUUGUUUCAUCAUGACGGUGCAACGAGACCAGUGGGAGUUGAUUUCAGAGGCGCACGAAUGAAAGUGAAUCUAGACGAAACUGAAUCUUUAAACUCUUUCGCUGUUCCAACCAAUGACAUUGCUUGUAUGACAAAAGACUUUUUCGGCACAGCUCUCUCAUUUUUGGAGACUUACCGUCAGCAAAUCGUGAUUCUCUUUGUCUUUUUCUCCAUCAAUAUCAUGAUUUUUUUGGAAAGAUUUUGGCAUUAUCGCUACGAAACAGAGCACAGGGAUUUAAGAAGAGUAAUGGGAGCUGGUAUCGCAAUUACAAGAGGAGCCGCUGGAUGUAUCUCUUUCAAUAUGGCUUUGAUUCUGUUGACGGUUUGCCGAAACGUGAUCACUUUGAUUCGCGAGACGCCACUCGGUGAAUACAUUCCAUUCGAUUCGGCAAUUGCUUUCCACAAAAUCGUCGCGAUCACAGCUGCCUUUUGGGCCACCACACAUACAAUCGGUCAUUGUGUCAAUUUUUAUCAUGUCGCUACGCAAAGCCAAGAGGGAUUACAAUGUCUUUUCCAGGAGGCUGUUUUUGGAUCGAAUUUCUUACCGACGAUCAGUUACUGGUUUUACAAUACAAUCACUGGGUUAACUGGUAUUCUACUGGUUUGUGUGAUGUCGAUUAUUUACGUCUUUGCUCUGCCAUCAAUCAUGAGACGAGCCUAUCACGCUUUCCGUCUCACGCAUUUCCUUAAUGUUGCCUUCUAUGCGCUCACAAUGCUCCAUGGUUUACCCAGGCUUUUGGAUUCUCCAAAAUUCUGGUAUUACGUCAUUGGGCCAAUCAUCGUUUUCGUUAUCGAUCGAAUUAUCGGAAUGAGACAAGAGUACAAGAAAUUGCAAGUUCUCAAUGCAGCACUUCUUCCAUCGGAUAUCAUCUAUUUACAGUUCAAACGACCGGUUUCCUUCAAAUUUAAAUCUGGUCAAUGGGUUCGAAUUUCAUCGCCAGCUUUCAAAUGCUCUUUCAACGAGCAUCACGCGUUUUCCCUUGCUUCAGCGCCACAAGCUCCAACUCUUGAGCUUUACAUAAAGGCUGUUGGCCCAUGGACUUGGAAGUUAAGAGCUGAAAUAAUGAGAGCACAAGCAACCAGUUCACCCUAUCCACUCAUUCAUCUCACUGGACCGUAUGGAGAUGGAAAUCAGGAUUGGACAAAUUACGAGGUGGCAGUGUUGAUUGGUGGCGGUAUUGGUGUCACUCCAUAUUCUUCUACUCUCACCGAUCUUGUUCUUGAGACAAGCAGCGGAAAGCACAAUCUUGUCAAAUGCAAAAAGGUCUAUUUCUUGUGGAUUUGCCCAACUCACAAAAACUAUGAAUGGUUUAUUGAUGUGUUGAAAGAUGUGGAGGAUUUGGAUCAAGGUCGAAUUUUGGAAACUCAUAUUUUUGUUACUCAAUUUUUUCACAAAUUCGAUUUGAGAACAACGAUGCUGUAUAUUUGCGAGAAACAUUUUCGUGGAACAAAUCAAGGCACCUCAAUGUUCACUGGAUUGAGAGCAAUCAAUCACUUUGGACGACCGAAUUUCGAGACUUUCUUCCGUUUCCUUCAAAAUAAACACAAUGAGGUGGACGACAUUGGCGUUUUUUCGUGUGGACCAGCCGCUGUCAACAAGCAGAUUCGUCAAGCGUGCGCUCAAGCGAAUCGAAUCCGCGACGCUCCCUCAUUUCAUCACCGAUUCGAGACUUUC